CAUGAAACGAAAAACUUCAAUCACGAAAAAAGGUGAAGCCAACCCAUGCUCUAAUCGGUUCCCCCAACACUUUUUAAGGCAAACUAAACCACAGACAGAAAGGCGGUGGAAAAUAUGGUGAAAGUCAACCCUCACACUGACUUUGAUGUGUAACAUAUAAGAAACAAGAACAGAAGAAAGUCAUGGAAGGGAAAAAAAAGUAAGGAAAAAAGGGAAACGAAAAAUCAAUCUCACACUGACUUUGAUGUGUGAGAAAGAAAAUAAAAACAAGUCAAGGAAAAAGGGAAAAGAAAAAGCAAAGACGAAAAGAAAUAAAGCUAACAGAAACAACGUAGAAAAGGUACAAAAAAAAAAACUCAGGAAACAUAAACAUACGUGAGAAAGGAAAAGGAAACAUUGAAGCAGUGUGUGGAUACGUGACCAAAUGAAACAGAAGAAACGCCAAACAGUGAAAGAAAGGGAAGAAUGAAUGACUGACAGACUAACAACAAAACUCAUGGACCCGAGACGUUCAAGGUUGCACGGCGCCGAACUGGGGUGGUUGUCGAAAAUGGACGACUGAGUGAUGCUAAAAAAAAAUACGAAACCACACAGUAAAAGCGGUCCAUUUGCAGUCAUUCUGAAAGUGCCUGUAAAAGAAGAAAACGAAGGGAAAACAUGACAGACAAUAACAGAUGAAAAAAUAAGAAAACAUACAAAAAAGAUUAAAACGAAAAGCUGAGAAACGAGUCCAACAAAAAAAAUUAAAUGUGACUGUAAAGAAGAAAACGAAGACAAAAAUGGCUGAAAAUAAAACAGGAAAAUAAGAAAUCAAAACAAAAAAACUGAGGAAAGAAAGGCAAAAAAAAUAAAAAGUGGCGGUAAAGAGAAAAAAAGGUAAAAAACGUGCCAGAAAAUAAAUGAAAAGAGCAAGAAAACACGAAAACAAAAAAAUCACAAGAAAAGAUUAAAAAAAGAAAGUAGAGCAAAGAAAAAAUAAAAGUGAAAAACCGAAACCACCCCCAAAAAAAUAAAGUAAUAGUCAAAGAAAACUCCACGGACUUUUCUCAUCCACUUAGCAUCCACCUGUCCAACCUGAGCUCCACCUUCACCACCUCUCAUCCACCUCAUAACAUCCACAUCACUGUAGUCCUCCACAGUCACCUAAACCCACAUUAUAGACGAUCAGAACAUAUACAUAACACCUACAAUCCACACUUAGCACAGUAAAGGCAUUCAGAUUCCACAUAAUCCACACAUAAGGGAAUCAGAACCUAUACAUUCCACUCCACUUGAGGAAUUGCAAUCUACACCACUCACAUCACCACAAGCAUUCCACUUAUCCACAUUACCUGUAUUAGUUUAUCAUUCACACCCACACCCACAAAUCAUCCACUAGGAACCAUAUACACACAACAUCCACCCAUCCACACACCCACACAUUAACACAUCCAUCCACUCAAACUCACACACACACACACACACACACACACACACACACACACACACACACACUCCACUGUAACUAGACUCCACUCACCAUCCUUCCACAUCCAUAUCCACCUAGUAAAGUUAACUACUAUAUAUCACCUUCAUCCACUCUUUAACAGACAUCCACAAACCUCAGGCAGUAUAGUCCACACAAUACACCCAUCCACACCCAUUCCCACACACCCAAACUCUGAUCCACCCACAAACACCCACACCCAUCAGCACCCACUCCACCCACACCUCCACCCAAGGAACAAGGUGCAGGGGUGGGCAGGGUGGAGCAGGGGAUGUGGGUGAGGGGUGCUGGGGAGUAUGGUGGAGGUGGAGCGGCAGGGAGGAGGUGGUGACAGGAGGGAGGAGCGAGAGGGAAGUGGAGGAGGAGGUGGAGGAGGUGGACGAGGCACUAUGGUUGCCUCUCAGUUGGUGUUGGUGAAUCAUUUUUUCCUUGCCCUUGUUCACAACACGCCCGACCCAGCUACCGUCCCGGAUUUUAAUAGCGUGAUGGUUGACACUGGGUGUGGGCGUGGGUGUCGGCUGUGUUCCCCUGUCAACGGGUGCCUGGCGUGUGAGCCGCCCUUCUUCCUGGUGCUGCAGCGGGACGGGGUGCGCCAGACGGCCUCCUGCACCAAGACCUGCCCCCGAGGCUUCUUCAAGGUCAAGAAGAAGAGGAACGGCUUCUGCAGCAAGUGCACCAUGCUGGGCUGCGAGGAGUGCCUGGGCCCCCACUACUGCUCCACCUGCCAGCAACACUACUUCAACUACUUUGGCAGGUGCAUCAGGGAGUCGCCAGGUAAGAACAAGACGCAAAAGCUGGGAACCACAACAGAGCACACGACGACAACAGACGACGAGAGGAGGAAAGACGGGGACGAAGAGGAGACAAAAACAGAGGAGGUGGAGAAGGAGAAGGAGGCAGAGGAGGAGGGCAUACAGAUAAUGAUAACCUCCCCGUUCAGACCCUUCACCACAGUCACUAACACCUCCACAACCCCUAACACAACACUGCCUUCCCCAACUAUCAUCCCCACACCACAACCAUCCCCAAGUCCCGAUCCCUCUGUCCCUACCCCAGCAACCCCCUCGUCCCCAUCUUCAAAGAGAGGUCGACUAAGGCCAUGCAGAAGAAGACGAAGGAGGAGAAGGAAGCACAAACUUGGGAUGAAGGACACGGAGAGACAAAACAGAAAGAGAAACAGGAAUAAGGAGAGACGGAAGGACGUGAUAAACAGGAGGAGGCAGUGCAGACAAAGAGGAAGAGGAGGGAGAAGAGGAAGGAGAAAGGAGAGGAGGUGGGGUGGGAGGAGGAGAGAGAAGAAAAGAACACCCACCAUCACCAACACCACCUUAACCACAACCACCACCACCAACACCACCCUGAUCACCAACACCACCACCACCACUACCAUUCUGCCGGUAACCACAGAGACGCCAACCACGACGCAAAUGAUAGACCUGUCACUGCUGGGAGAAGAAGGGCAGGAGGGCAACUCACACCUGUCAGGCUCAUCAACUCAAGUGGACGGCCAGAAAUUCUUUUACAACAACAGGCCUCGGGAAAUGGCGAGGUUCAAGCAGUCUAGCUCGUACAGACGGAGGAAACCGGUGUACGUAAGGGGGAAGAAAGUGCGGCAUGCCAAGAUUGGGUGAACGGAAAAUUGAUAAAGAAGAGAGUUAUGCGUGUGAAGGAGAUGAGUGUGUUUCUGUCAAGGCUGGAAGAAGAGGGAAAACAGAAAGAAAAAACUAUUGUGAGAGGGGAAAGUGUGUGCGGUGUCAAAAUUGAUGAGUGUUGAAAGGUGAAGAAAAAAGGAGUGUUGUUUGAUGAGCCACUCUAAAACGAAUGAGUAAAAAAAACGAUGAGUUAAAAAUAAUUGGAUAAAUAAAAGAAAUCCGAAGAAAGCAACUGAGUGUGAAAUUGGAUGAGAAAACAGUUAAUUCAUAAGGGAAAAUGGAUGAGAAAAGAAAAAGGGAUGAGUAAAGAAAAACAUAUGAGUAAAGAAAAUAGAUGAGUAUGUUGGAUGAGUAAAGAAAAGAAGGGUAAAGAAAAGUGAAUAAGUAUAAGAAAAUUAUAUGAGUUAAGAAGGUUGAAUGAGAGAAGAAAAAUAAUGAUAAAACUAGAUGAGUCAAGAAAAUGAGAUGAAUACAGUGGAUGAGUAAAGAAAAAGUGCAAGAGUAAAGAAAAUGAGUCAAGAAAAUCAGAUGAAUAUAGUGGGUGAGUCAAGAAAAAGUGUAUGAGUAAAGAAAAAGAUGAAUAUAGAGGGUGAGUAAAGAAAAAGUGCAUGAGUAAAGAAAAUGAGUCAAGAAAAUUAGAUGAAUACAGUGGGUGAGUAAAGAAAACAAGUCAAGAAAAUUAGAUGAAUAGUGGGUGAGUAAAGAAAAAGUAGAUGAGUAAAGAAAAUGAGUAAAGAAAAUUAGAUGAAUAAAGUGGGUGACUAAAGAAAACGAGUCAAGAAAAUUAGAUGAAUAGUGGGUGAGUAAAGAAAAAGUAGAUGAGUAAAGACAAUGAGUAAAGAAAAUUAGAUGAAUAAAGUGGGUGACUAAAGAAAACGA